CCCGAAAGGCCUCUACCCUAGGCCUUUCGGUUUGCGCGGGCCAGCCCGCCGCGGGGAGGGCUGGAGCUCUCGCAGCCCCUCACGAUGGAGGAGUUGGAGGAAGGCCUGCUGAUGCAGCCGUGGGCCCGGCUACAACUUGCUGAGAACUCCCUCCUGGCCAAGGCGUAUAUCACCAGACAGGGGUAUGCCUUGCUGGUUUCAGAUCUCCAGCAGGUGUGGCAUGAACAGGCAGACGCUUGUGUGGUCAGCCAACGAGCCAAGGAGCUGAACAAGCGGCUGACUGCCCCCCCUGCGGCUUUACUCUGUCAUCUGGAUGAGCUGCUCCGCCCGUUGUUGAAGGACACUGCUUGCCCCGGCAAAGUUAGCUUUGUCUGUGACCAUGUGGGUGAGGCACUGAUACUGCGGGUGCGCAGUGAGCUCUCAGGUCUCCCCUUUUAUUGGAAUUUCUACUGCAUCCUAGCUAGCCCUUCCCUGGUCUCCCAGCAUCUGAUUCGUCCUCUCAUGGGCAUGAGUCUGGCCUUGCAGUGCCAAGUGAGGGAGCUAGCAACCAUGCUUCGUAUGAAAGAUCUAGAGAUCCAGGACUACCAGGAGAGUGGAGCUGUGCUGAGCCGAGAUCGGUUGAAGACAGAGCCAUUUGAAGAAAAUUCCUUCUUGGAACAAUUUAUGGUAGAGAAACUACCAGAGGCAUGUGGUGUGGGUGACGGAAGACCCUUUGUCAUGAACUUACAGAGUCUGUAUAUGGCGGUCACCAGACAAGAGAUCCAAGUGAGACAGAAACAUCCGGGCAGCGGAGAUCCUCAGCUCUCAAGCAGCACCUCCCCACAAGGGACUGAAAACCAACUUCUGAACGAGCCAGAAGAGCCAGUCUCCUCGGCGCCAUCCCUCCCAGUGCCCGAGAAAGAGCCCACAGGUCCUUCAGGCCCUGUGCAGAGACCUCAGCUGUCAAAGGUCAAGAGGAAAAAGCUAAGGGGGCUCUUCAGUUAGCCCAUCACUGUCUCGACUGCUGAGGACGGACUAGAAGAGCUUCCUCGUGUCACCUUGAGAGGAGCUCCCAUGGCAGCAACAUCUGUGACACGGAGUUAUAUAGUCAGAACACCACCACCACCCCCCCACCGCAAGGCUGAGAUAACAGAAGUUCACACGGACAGGCCUGGGUACUCUUAACCCUGGGGAAUCUUGGCUCCACCCAUUGGGCACUGGCCUUCCCUAGCCGAGUGGAAGCCAGCUUCCGAGAGUCCCAGACCUUCCUCUUUUGUUGGAGGUUCUCCAGACCCAGGAUCCUACCGUGGACUCUAAGCACAGAGGCCAAGUCAGCAAAAAGGCACAAUGCUCUCAGGAAGCCUUGUCCACCUUUCUCAAGAGCCCCUAGCCAACCCCAGGUGCUCCUCAGAGACCCACUUCUCUCUUAAGCAUGGAAUAAAAAGCACUCACACUC